UCUUCAGGAUCUGCACUCUGCUUCAGGAGCAAAGUUUCGCUUCAUCACAGCUCACGCUGGAUGUACAAUCACUGCUGGAGCGCGCAGAGACGUCCUCGCUCCUAUUGGCUGCGCGCAGCGUCGCUCACAGGGAUGACGCUUCUGCUGCUGUAACCAGCUGAUGCUGAGGCUAUGAACACGGAGCCUCAGAAGAACUGUUGACGGUACAUGGAGACCCCGUCAUCGCCGUUAUGCCUGCGGAUUCGGUCUGAUCUCCGUCCACAGACUGAGUGAGGAGGAAACCUGAUCUAGUCACGACGCACAGGCCUGGGCUUCCCCCCCCCCCCUCGUCCUGCCGCUCCACAUGAUAUUUCUUCGUCUUCCCACAUCAUCAUCUUCACGGGCAUGAUGUUCUGCGCUUCGCAGCCUGAGGCGACUCAUCACAUCUGCAGGUUCAACUUCAUCUGGAUAGAAGAACAAGACCAACAAACUCAAGACAUGGAGUAAAGAGUGCAGGGAGAACUGGAACAACUCGACCUGUAACUAAAAGACUGACAUUUAAAGGUUGGAGCAGAUCUGCAGAGUGACGAGGUGAGAAGAAGAGUGAAGAUGGGGUGUGUCCACGUGCUCUCCACGGUUCUCCCGGAUGCUUCAGUUCGCUCCCUCAGAAGUCGGUCAAAGCCGGAGUAUCCUCGCUAAAACCGGAGCAGCUCGUUUCACCUGCAGGAAGAGCCCUCGCCCUCGGUGAUGUGAUGAAUAAGUUUGAGGUCCUUGGCAUUGUGGGAGAAGGAGCGUAUGGAGUGGUGCUUAAGUGCAGGCAUAAGGAAACCAAUGAGCUGGUGGCCAUUAAAAAGUUCAAAGACAGUGAAGAAAAUGAGGAGGUCAAGGAGACGACCCUCCGGGAGCUGAAGAUGCUCCGGACGCUGAAGCAGGACAACAUCGUGGAGCUGAAAGAAGCUUUCCGCCGGCGGGGGAAACUCUACCUCGUCUUUGAAUAUGUAGAAAGGAACAUGCUGGAGCUCUUAGAGGAGCUGCCCAACGGUGCUCCGCCUGACAAAGUCCGCAGCUACAUCUACCAACUCAUCAAAGCCAUCAACUGGUGCCACAAGAACGAGAUCGUACACAGAGAUAUCAAGCCGGAGAACCUCCUCAUCAGCUCGGAGGACAUCCUCAAACUCUGCGACUUUGGUUUCGCUCGUAACCUGUCUGAAGGAACGGACGCCAACUACACCGAGUACGUGGCUACACGCUGGUACCGCUCGCCGGAGCUGCUGCUAGGGGCUCCGUAUGGGAAGGCGGUGGACAUGUGGUCUGUGGGGUGUAUCCUCGGGGAGCUGAGUGACGGUCAGCCAUUGUUUCCAGGAGAGAGUGAGAUCGAUCAGCUCUUCACCAUCCAGAAGGUUCUGGGGACUCUUCCUGCAGAACAGAUGAAACUCUUCUACAACAACCCUCGCUUUCACGGAAUCAGAUUUCCCACUGUUACUCAUCCUCAGACAUUGGAGAGACGGUACCAGGGUAUCUUGAGUGGUUUGAUGUUGGAUCUGAUGAAGAACCUGUUGCUGCUGAACCCCACCGAGCGAUAUCUGACCGAGCAGAGUCUGAACCAUCCGGCCUUCCAGCCUCUGAGGCAGGCGGAGAGAGAGCGUACUUCUCCCGCCUCUCCCAACCCGCCACGCUCGUCCAAGAGGAAAACGCACCAUCAUGGAGAGAACACAGUCCCUACAAGGAGUCACACUAAGAGCACGAGCCGGCGCUCCAACAGCAAAGAAUGUUCCAGCCUCCCUCGACAUGGCGACCUCCAUCACCUCAGCAACAAGAGUUUUCUGAAUGGAAACAAGCUGCCCCCCUCCAGUUUGAGUCCUCAGCUCCACCAGAAGGGACAAUACUUGUCCCAGACCCUCAAUCGGUCUGCCUCAUCCAGCAAGGACCUGGCUAACAACAACCUGCCGCACCUCCUCAGUCCCAAAGAGGCCAAAGGAAAGACUGAAUUCGAUUUCAACCUGGGACCCUCCCCCAAACUGUCGGAUCAGGGACACGGAGGGAAGUACAGCCACGGCAAAUCCAGCUCCUCUCGCUCUCAGCAGCAGCAGCAGCAGCAGCAGCAGCAGCAGCAGCAGCAGCAGCAGCAACAGGCCGGCCGCCACACCUUCCUGGAAGGCAAGAACAACACACUGCAGUCUGGGGGAGAGAAACAACAUGGCCGACACACACACAGUAUGGCCGACUCUGCUCACGGCUCCAUGUCCUCGUCCUCGAAGAGUUCAGCCUCUUAUCUGAGCCUGUCCAAGAGCCACAGCGCACUGAGCGACUCCAAAUCGGUGGGGAACCUCAGCGACGGUCGACUCCACCCUGAUGACCCAAACUCCAACCCCACAGCGGGGAUGCAGCCCAGCGCCCGCUUCUUCCCCACCAGCUGCUUAGACCUGAACGCUCCUACAGGUCCUCCGGGGCCGCCAGGCAGCCCCUCUGCCAGACACAGCGAUCGCUCGGGGCACAGUCCCGCCUCCCGUAGCAGCGGAAAUGUCCGCAUGGAGAGCAGCACACUGGACUCCUCAUCCAGACACAAAUCCAGACAUAAACCUCUGACUCCAGAGGAGGCCGGUGCUCCGGAGCUGUUAGACCCUGGAGGAGCGGGGAUGUCCUCCACCCACACUCUGCCUUCUCCACAUGAGUCUUAUCAUUACGGCCUGGGCUACACCUCCCCCUUUUCCUCCCAGCAACGCCCUCAACGCCACUCCAUGUACGUGAGGAGGGAGCGCCACCGACCUCACGGGGUGGAGAGUGGGAUGGCGGGCCUGCCUGCUCCGGGGCAGGCGAUACCGACUCGUGCCAGCAGUCUGCAGCUCCUCUCCCCUCAGCUGCAGCACCGUGGCACGCUGGCCGGACACUCAGUGAGCUCGUCCAGAGAGGACUGCACGGAGGACAUGACCAGGAGUGAGCCGUCCCCUAAAGACAUGAGCCACGCCCCCAUCAAAGACUCGACACGGGACAACUCUGCGGCUUUUCAUACGCAGCGCUCCAAGAACGAGGUGGGUAUGUAUCACGACCCUCAUGUUGAAGAUGGAGGUCUAUCCAAGGAGAACAGGAUGAUCUUCACUGAGUCCAUGCCACGGAGAGUCGGCAGCUUCUACAGAGUCCCGUCUCCCAGACCAGAUAACUCCUCCUCCUUCCAUGACGGUGUCGGGCAGAGAGGGCCGGUCGUACCUGUUGUACCUGGAGACCCCGUCAUCAUGGCCAACCACUCCAAACGUCAGACUGCAUUUGACUGGACUGCUGCAGAAGCAAUGGUCAUGAAUCCUCCAGAACCGACCAAAGAGAAGGAAAAACAAGGUUUCUUCAGAGCCAUUAAGAAGAAGAAGAAGAAGACACAGAUGACGGACAUGGAGGACGGGAGGAACCCCAGCAUCAAGAAAAGCCUGUUUCCUCUCUUUAGCUCUAAGAAUAGCUUAAAGCACAACUCAGCAGUCAAAGUCCUCCCUGUCGUGGCGUCCUCGCCGAUGGUACAACACCAGCCUCCCGCGCCCUACCCUGCCUCACCAGUUCCUGGUAACGGACAAGAGCACAUGUCCCUGCAGAGAAGCUCAAAGUCAUCCUCUCACCACGGCAGCCGACGGAAAAACCGUGAGCGAUCCAGAGACCGCGAGCGGGAACAGAGCCGGGACCGAGAUCGAGACCGAGACCGAGAGAGAGAGAGAGAACGAGAGAGAGAAAGAGAGAGAGAGAGGGACAGAGGCAGGGAGAGAGAGAGGGUCAGUGAUUGGCCACAAGAAAAACCUGUGGACUCACACUCUCAGAGUCAACCACUGAAGUCGCUCCGCAGGCUCCUUCAUCUCUCUCCAUCCUCUUCAAAUCAAGGGCAGCCUCCUCCUCCUCCGCCUGACCUGCGCUUCCAAGCUCCUCUCCCCAACCCCCCUCAGCCCUCCUCCAAAGCGGGCUACCCCGAGGGUCGAGGGCACGCCGAGAGCAGGGGGCACUCUGGGGUGAGCAGCUCCUCCCAGCCCAAGAGCCGACAGACCAGCUACCCUCUCCCGGGGCAGAUCGAGUCCACCUGGCACGUGUCGGCUCUGCAGCGGGCGGAGGGCGCUCAGUUCACCCCCGAACAGCUGGGCAUCAAACCAGGACAGAACGGGCCCACCUUUACCCGAGCCUCCCGCACCAGGAUGCCAAACCUCAACGACCUGAAGGAGACCGCACUGUAAGACCCCCGAAACCACACCUCCUGCAGGAGAGCGUCUGCCGGACACGAACAUCAUGGUACUGUAGUGAAAGUUUACAUGGAAACCUGUUUCACUGGACCGAGUCCUCGUUUAGAAAAGUAGUUCUUUUGUUGAUGCUCGUGUCUCUGAAAUCUACAAACGACUCUUUCACACGUCAAACACACAGAAACAGGAAAUCAAAGAGUCAGCUGGACAUUACCUGAGCUCUUAAAGAGACACUGCCUGUGUGGCCUCUCUGCUGCCAUCUACUGCUCACAGGACGCUACAGCAACUACAUCAGACAGUCACUUUCAACCAGUGGCUAAUAAAGCAAAUGUUUUUCAUGCUCUGAUAUUUGAUAAAAACAACAACAGAAAAAAAAGAUUUAUAUCACCAUUAUUUAUUAAAUAUUUAUUUGUUUUAAAUUCAAGGAUAUAAGCUAUAAAUGACACAGUAUGUAGGCUAUAUGGGAAUAUUAUAAGGUAAUAUAGAGAUUAAUGUGUAAUUGCAAGAGCUUUAGUUUCGACACAGAGAAAUGCAUAGAUAUUUAUGUGUUGAUAAUACAGUACGUCACGAGAAAUAUUUAAUAAUGGUGAAUGUCCUUUUCUGUUCAAUUUGAUAUGUUACUAACAGAUUUUCAUGUGAUAUCAUCUUCUUUUUACCCUCUUUCUUUUUCUUCAUCACAGUGUAAAGAUGUGAUAAAUAGAAAAAACCUUCUGGGACAUUACGGCGAGAUGAAGGAAUGCAAACAAACCGCUGGCUGAGAGCAAUAACAUCAGGAAGAGAGUCGGGAGCUGAAUCAGUGAAAUUACAGCCGAAUGAAGCGUAGAUGAUGAGACUGUCAUUAACGUUCAAAUUAAAGACAUCGCUCUGCAAUACAUUUUUAGUUUUAACAGAACAUGACGGUUUACACCGCUGUUAUCCUGAUGGUGAUGAUUGUAAAUGACUGCUGAUGUGGGAUCAUUGGUGGGACAGAGUGAUGACAGAGCUUGCCUUGCCCGUGACCCGAAGCCUUACAUUAGCUGUCUGAAUGAUGGAAACAGAGGCUUCACCCCGCUGAGUCACAUCCACUCAGAUCUGAGGAUUUCUUUGUUCACAAAUAUGAAUGUUUCCCAAAACAUCUGUUCUUUUUCUCAUUAAACUGUUUCCCACUUCUUACAGGGUGUAAAUAGAAAUAAUAGAGUGUAUCUAUACUGACCGUUCUACUUUAAAAGGGUCUCAUAAUAAAAGCCAACUGUACAUUUUU